CCUUCAGCCCGCUGGUCCUCCCUUCGGCCGGAGGACAAGAGCCGCCUCUCGCCAGCCCGGAGAAAGAAGGGACCGCGCCCACCGACCGCCUCAACUCGCCCUCCGCCCUCGCCUCUCGCUCGCUCUCUCUUUCCCGGGCCCGUCCCGUCCGUUGAGGCUUCUCCGCUUGGCCGUCCGUCGCCCCGCCGGUCCCGUCUCCCGCUCGAGGCCCGAUCCCCAGAGCUCCGUCCAGCUGGAAUGAAUAGACCUGAGCCCCCUUUCUGUGCAGAGAAGAUUCCCCCAGCCCGAGGCGACUUUUCAUGGGGAGCCGUCGCGGCUGCAGCAGCAGCAGCCGCCGCCCCGCCGCCCGCAGCCGCCGCCCCCGCCGCGCCUGAUCCGGGGCUCGCUUACCCGCCGCCGCCCCCGCGCCGCAGCCGCUCUCCCAGCCCCGAGCCCGGCUUCGGAUUCUGCCCCGGCGCCGCAGCGGCUGCUGCUCAGCCCGGAGGCGGCCUCUUGGGUGCCUCGUCCUCGGCGGCGCCCAGCCCCGCGCCCAGCCCCGACGCCGCGGCGCUAGCAGCCUCCGCCGGCUAUGGCUACGGCAGCGUCCCGGGCAAGAGCGGCAGCGGCAACAGCGGCGGAGGAGGCAACGGCGAGGAUUCGCGCAUCCGCCGCCCGAUGAACGCCUUCAUGGUGUGGGCCAAGGACGAGAGGAAGCGGCUGGCCCAGCAGAACCCGGACCUGCACAACGCCGUCCUCAGCAAGAUGCUCGGCCAGGCGUGGAAAGCCCUGAGCACCACCGACAAGCGCCCCUUCGUGGAGGAGGCUGAGAUGCUGAGGAUCCAGCAUUUGCAGGACCACCCCAACUACAAGUACCGUCCCCGCCGGAAGAAGCAGGCCAAGAAAAUCAAGAGGAUGGAACCAAGUAUCCUUCUCCACAACCUGCCCCAGCCCUGCGGCGAGAAUUUUGCCAUGGGCCACCGCAGCAGUGCCGGAGGCGGCGGCCUCGGCCACUCCCAGCCUCCGCCACUGAACCACUUCCGAGAACUGCGCUCGAUGGGGUCAGAGAUGGAGAACUACGGCCUGCCAACCCCGGAGAUGUCCCCUCUGGACGUCCUUGAACAAGCAGAGCCGGCCUUUUUCCCGCCGCACAUGCAGGACGACUGCAACGUGAUGUCCUUUCGGGGGUACCAUCACCCUCCUCCUCCACCGCCGAUGGAGUUUUCCCCGGAAAAAAACCUGGGGAGGAACAUGGUCAUGGGGUACCCCCCCAACCCUCCCUCCCACCUGGCCGAAGCCAUGAGGACUCCCCACCCGCCUGGGAUGUACUACAACCAGAUCUGUGCUGCGGGUGCUGCCAACGGGCUGUCAGCCCACCUGGGCCAGCUCUCCCCUCCGCCCGAAUCGCACCAGCUGGAUGGCGUGGAGCACUUGAACCCGAAUGAGCUGUGGACAGAAGUGGACCGCAACGAGUUUGACCAGUAUUUGAAUAUGAGCAGGACUCGUCCGGAUCCUUCCGGCUUCGCCUACCAUGUUUCUAUGUCCAAAGUGACUCCCCGGAGCUGUGAGGACAACAGCCUCAUUUCAGCCUUGUCCGAUGCGAGCAGCGCUGUUUAUUACAGCGCCUGUAUCACUGGGUAAACGUUGAAUUGAGGGAGAGGUUUGGGGCAGCCCCACAAGCCGGGAGGGAACCAUCGUCCCCUCUUCUCAAGGUUGCUGGGAAAUUUGAGUGGAGAGACGUACUCCAUACGAUCCCCCCGUUGGGUUUCUCGGGACUCCUUGGGGAGAGCUAGGACAGUGAACCCAGUAUGAAUUGGAGAGGAGAUUGGGACUCAGGCGUAUAAUUAAUCCUCGAGUUACAACCACUCAUUUAGCAACCAUUCCAAUGACACUGAAAACAAGUGACUAGUCCUCGCACUUAUGACCGCUGCAGCAUCCCCACCCUCAUCUAAUCCCUUGGCAUGUAUUUACGAUGGUUGCAGGGUUUGGGGAGUCACCUGAUCGCUUUUUGCAACCUUUCCCGCCGGAAUCUGACAACAAAGGGGAAGUUGGAUUUGUUUAAUGACCAUCUGAUUCACUUAAUAGCUGCAGUGAUUCACAACUGCCGGGGCAAAAAAAAAGAGAGGCCGUAAAUCGGGCAUGGCUCACUUAACCCCUGCCUUGUUUAGCGGUGGAAAUCUUGCCCUCCCUUUGUUGUUGUAAAUCGAGGAUUAUCUGCGCCCGUAGGAAGUGGUUAGGUCAAAAGCAGCCCCUGGAGAUGCUAAUGCUUUGCUCCAGAGAGGAAGAGGAGGUGAGUUUGUGCUCUUUGCUUCGGUUGUGAAGCUUUGAGUUGAGGAGUUCAGCUGGCUGUGGAGUAGCUGAGGAGUAAAGUUCCUUACAAGCAGUUCGGGACAAAUUUUGUACUGAAAAUAUCUCACGGUUUUGGAAAAGCUGGAGCUCAACUCAAGAUGUGGAAGGGCCUUCUCACACAUUACAAACUUUUAAAUACCCGACCUUCACAUAAUAAUUGACACAAGUGUCCAUACAGCCAAGGACUUCCUAUUGGCAUCUGGAGUAACUACAGAUGUAGUAAUAUUGGGAUAUGUAGUAAUUCCGGGCUCUACACACCAUCGCCUUCCAAUAAGCUCAUGGACGGCAAGCUAACUUUUUGGCCUCCUAAUGUGUGCAUUGCCCCUUGGUCUCCUUUCCACAGUUGCUGCAAGGAUCAAAGCAAAAUCAGUACGGCUCGCUCACCUUAGAACCGCCUCCCGCUCUCUCUCUCUCUCUUUUUUUUAAUGUUACAGUAGUCCUCGAUUUAUGACCCCAAUGGAGCCCAACAGCUCAGUUGCUAAGGGACAAAUUCGCUAAGUGAGUUUUGCCCCGCCCCCCUUUGAUGCAUUUUCUUGCCACGUAAGUGAAUCACUAAAUUGGUAACACCGUGGUAACUUUGAACAGUCGCUAAACGGAAUCGUCGUAAGUGGAGGACUACGCGUACCUGGGCGGGAAAUUUCUCCUCUCCAAGGAAAAAAUAGAAUGGGCCCUGUUACAAUGGUAGUCCGCCCCAUAAGUGCCUUCCUGCUCCCUACUUCCCACCGUGUCUCUGGCUGCCCCAAAUCUCUCCUUUGAUCUGUAAAACCUGCAUUAUUUUAGACUAUCUCAUUAAAGGCAUUGCUUUCUUUUUUUAAAAAAAAGGUAAAAAAACAAUAAGGCUAAAGAAUUGAUAUACUGUAUUGCUGUGUAGCACAAGGAGAUGGUUCAAAACAGGAGGAAAAUGCAAUUUUAAGGUGCCAUAUAUACUGGACGGGGGUACCCAUCGCUGGGUUUUUGCCGUAAAAGGUCGGGAAGGAAUUCAGGCAGAUACUUAUUGAGCUAAUCAUCUGCAUUUAAACCAGAAUUUUUGACUCUUCGCAACUUUUAAGAGGGGUGGACUUCAACUCCCAGAAUUCCCCAGCUUGGGGAAUUCUGGGAGUUGAAGUCCACCCCUCUUAAAAGUUGCCAGAGUCGGGAAAUUCCAUUUACACGAUUCAGUACUGGAGCAAACAGUAUCUUUUGCAUUCUUUCCCCACUGUGUAAAAGGUACCCAGUCCUUCCUCAGCCCCUAAUUGAAAAAGGUUUGUUUUCAAAGGUUUUAACCCCGGUUUCUAAAUCGAGAUAAACCCCAGUCCGUUUUGAUCCCAGAGAUAAGAUUCAGUAAAAGGGCUAAGAUUUUUAAAAUGCCGACACUUGGAUCCGAGUCAUUACCCACAGAGUUGGGGCCCUUGGUGAAAUCAGCGUGGCAAUUUGCGAAGGCUGCAUUUCCAAAAUUCGGAAUGACUCUUGCAGGGAAUCCACCGUGAAAAAAUGCGAAGCCCGUGCACUGCACUGCUGGAAUGCGUGAUUUCUUGUGACGAACGCAUUAACCGUUGCAAUGUUCUAUAAGGCUGGACGCCGGAGGGGAUAGAACAGAGAGGAACGUACACGGAGGUGAUUAAAAGAGUGACAAAGGGGAAGUGUGAGAAAAGUUGUAAGGGAAGGCAAGAGGCUCUGUUAGGCCCAUUUGCUUGGCUCUUAAUCCACGGAAUCUUAGAGGUAGGGGACCCACGAGGGUCAUCUAGCCAAGCCCUAUGCAACGGGAAGGAAAUGCAUUGAAGUGGCUUCUUGCUUCCCCUGCCCCCCCCCCCGUCCCCCGGUUUUGCAAUUCCUGGAGUGUAAUUCUAGGCAGGUGUAGAAUUUAUCUCCACAGAAUUUUUGUUAUUUGUAGGUGAAAAUGCCACUUAAAUGACCUUGGCGCAAGAGAUUUGGUGUGGUGGUUAAACUGAGGGUAGAUCUCUCCAUCUGCAAAACUUCACCCCUGUGGAUUUGAACCCUUGGCUAAUUGCCAAGCAUGUGUGUGUAUGUGUUUGUACAUAUUUGGAGCUGAUAUUUUAAUGCAAUGUUUCUCAAUUGUAGCAUCUUGGAAGAGACGUGGACUUCAACUCCCAGAAUUCCCCAGCUGGCUACGACCAGCUGGGGAAUUCUGGGAGAUGAAGUCCACGCGUCUUCAAGUUGGCAUGGUUGAAAAACGCUGCUUUAAAUCCUAUUUUAAAGCCUGGCGGAUGUUUUUUGACCAUACACCUUAGCCUUCCAACUUUAUUUCCCCUGCAAAGUGUCAGCAGGCUGUGCCAGACAAUAAAUGUGAGGGGUUCUGUGUGUAAACACACACACACACACACACACACACGCCUUCAAAUCCUCCUUACAAAGGAUAUAAUCAUCCAAGAUGUAACUAUAACCCCAUUUUGAACGUUAACCCAAAACUGCACCACGCAUGAAAAAUGAACACUUCAAUCUUUAAAACGCACAGCAACCCAAUUCAUAAGUGAACGGCGCCAGUGUUAAAAUCCAGAACAAGCCUUUUUCAACGUUAUUAAGGGGGACCGGGGUAAUUUCAGGGUGCCCCUUACCACUUAUUUCCCACCGUAUCACAGCAUUCUCUUUGGUUUGGACAAAUCUAUAUUUUUUACUAAGCUUUUUUUUAAAAAUAAUAAAAAAAAUUACUUAUCUAUAAAUAAUAUUUAAGUUGUUCAGGCAUUUUAUACUACGUCUUCUCUGUCUGUCUCUCUCUCUCUCUCUUUUGUAAUCGAUGAAAGGAUAAUCACAGUGUUGAAAAAGCACCUAUGUAGCAAAUAAUGCGGCUCAUCGGAAGAAGCAGCAGCUGUUAAGCUGCGCGGGAUCGAAACCUCUGGAACUUGGGAUUCGCAGGGAAACAUUACAGCUGCCCUGCGAAAUUCCCAGCGAGGGUUUCAAACGAUCCCCUUUGUGUAUUUACCUACAGCAUCGCAGGGACACAUGUCGGAGUAUCGGACUGAAUCCAGCACUUGUUUCGCUGCCUGGUUAAUUAUUAGAACAUCUUUUCCUAAUUGCACGACUCCCAUGCGCUCGUUAUGCGAACACAUGUUCCGUUUCCCCCAACCGAUGUUGCCCCCAAGUGUUUCCAGAUUUCUUUCUGGCAGCCGAUCCGUGUUGAGUCUCCGCAUUGGCAUCGUGGGAACCUCUCCCGCCAAGAGACGCUGUCAAAGACACGAAAGGACUUACACUUUGAACCCAGGGGAUGUUUUUUAAAAAUAUAUAUAUAUAUUUAACGGGCUGAUGUUCAGCCCAGCGAGUUUGGGGUUUAUUGGUUCAGAAAGAAGGCUCUGUCCUCAGCAUGGAAAAACUCAAAAUAAAAACACCGUGAUAUUCUUUUUCUCA